AUGUACAAGGUUUUGGCGCGGAUCAUUCCUGGAUCGACUAGUCCGAUAUUGCGAAGAAACUACCAGCGACGAGCGAGCCUGCACCUGCACGUCUCUUGGUGGAUCCUGGAGACCUCGAAAAUAACUGCAGUCUAUGGACUUCGACUCCGCCCUGAUAAAUGCAAGCAGACUCUUUUUUCCCUCACUCGAAAUCUGAGAAUCGUUCGGGCAAAUUCACAGCGAUCGGCUGUUCUCCAAAUGCUUCACAACCACCUCACCCCCCUUCCUCCGCUGAAACGUCUCGAAAUCGAUUCAUGCAUGUCUAGAACAUCUUAUGAGGUGGACAAUUUCAACGACGAAAAUCUAGCCACUUUCGAGAUACCAUUGAAUGAGAUCGAAACCGAAAAGGACGAGUUAACCGGUGAGCUCACCUCAUCGUCGAAAGAACGAGGUUUUCUUGAAGAAAUCAAAGCAAAACUCGAACAAACACUUCAACGAAGAGCUGACAAGUCGUCCAGCGGAAAAGAAAAAAUGAACAGCAUGGAUGCGAUCACCACGAAUGGUAGCGCAUGUUUGGGAUGCGUGGGACGUGAUGCCGACGUGAAACGCCUUCAACAAGAGGUUGAAAGUUUAAAGAGAGAGAUUGAAAGGAUUACAUUCGAAUCCACUGAAUUAUCCACGAGCCUCGAGGAUAUGGAAGCAGUUAUCUAUGAAAAAGAUGAAGCUAUCAAAAGUCUAGAACUAUCGUUAUCGAUCGAACAAGAAGCGCGAUCAUCAUUAGAUGCGGAUUUGCGUGAAAAGACGAGCGAAUGUCUCACGCUAAUUGAAAGUCUUGAAAAGAUGUCAUCCGGUUCCAAGGAGAAACAAGAGAGUCAUAAGCUUUUCGUAGAAAAAUUACAUCUUCAACUGGAUGAAAAGGAUAAGGAGAUUGAGAAGAAUCGACAAGAGAUAGCGAAACUAAGCGGUGCACGAACGGCAGCCGAGGAAAUCAACGCCAGCCUUCAGGAAACAGCCACAUCGCUUUCCGAACAAUUAAAGAAUAUCGGUGCUGAGAAGGAUGAAAUCCUUGAUGCGAAAAACCGAGUCGAACAGGAGAUGUCGGAGCUGAAAAAGAAGUUGGACGACAUUUCUCAACAACUAGAAGAAUCCAUGAAUAAUAUAUGUGCAGCUAGCGCAUCAAAUGAAGAAAUUUCUCAGCUUAAGGAUGAUGCGGAGAAACUGAGACGAAAAAUCCAUGAAAUGGAAUCCGAUCAUCAGCGAAAGGUAGCCGAUCUGACAGCGAUGCAAGAGAGUCAAAGUCAAUUCGUGGAGAUCCUCACCAAAAAGGUCGAAGAUUCUAAACGUGAAAAGAUGGAUUGGGGAGCGGAGAGGGCGAGUCUUCUAUCGGAAAUCAAAACUCUCAAAGAGGAAAAAUCCACAGUUAGUGAGGAAGCCGAGCAUCAAACCCUGAUGUCGCAGGCCCAAAUCGACGAACUCACAUAUCAGAUAGCUGACUUGACCAACGUUAAAGAGGAUCAAUGUCAGCUCAUAGAUUCACUUACAAAAAACCUGGAGCAACUGGAAUCGGAAAAAAGCGAUUGGAUUAAGGAACGAGACAGAAUAACUUCACAAAUAGAGGAAUUAAAACACGGCAAGGAAUCAGCUGAAAAUCAACAACAUAGUUCGGAGGAGACUGUUACCAAUCUCACAAACGAAAUUGAGGAAAGAAAAGCUGCCAUGGAGAAUCAAAUUCAGAUGAUUGAUAUGUUAAGCAAGCAGCUGGAGCAGAUUCAGGACGAAAAAUCUGCAUGGGCUGCGGAUAGGGAGCGGUUAACCUCUCAAAUCGAACAACUAAAGGAGGAAAAGAAAUCCGUUGAGAUAACUGUCGAUAAAUUACAACAGACUACAGAUGUACGUACUGUUGAACUUGAAAAACAGCUGAACUCUCUCAAAGAACAAAAAGAAAACGCUGAUCGAGUCAUAGAAACUUUAUUUACGGAAGUGGAACAGCUUCAGGAGGAGAGGAGAGCAUGGAUGGAGGAGAAGGCAAGCACCACCUCCCGGAUCGAACAGAUGGAGGAGGCGGCAACUUCACGGAAUCGCGCCAUCGAGGAGGAGCGAAGAGAUCACAACGAACGAGUCGAUGAACUCACGAAACGGAACUCCGAUCUUUCGGAAGAGCUCAAGGAAGCCUGUGACUCAAUUGUUGCCCUACAAAGCAAAAUCAGCUCCUUGGAAACUGCAAUGAAUAACUUAAAACAAAGUCAUGUGGACGAACUGAAGCGGAUCAAAGCUCAACGCGAAGAGGAAAAUGAGCGACGAACUGCAAAUACUGAACAGCAGUAUGAUCAGAUUCGAAACGACUUCGAGGAAGCUAUGAGGAAGGUCCAGCAACUCACCGAAGAGAAGGCGGUAGCCGACUCGGAAAUGGUUCGACUACGCGAGGUCCUGGCAGAAAAACAGAACGAGCUUGUAUCGCUACGAAUCAAAGACGCUAAUGCCAAUGCAUUCUAUGACGAUGCAAAAAGAAAAAUUGAGAUAUUGGAAAAAGAGUUGCAGCGAAAAAAAUCCACCACUGAAUUAAUUCCAUCAUUGCGGAAGGAGCUGAAAAAAGCGGCAAUCAUUGAGAGUGAUGAGGAAGCAGACUACGUUCCGAAUGUUUCUACACCUUCAUCAAGCCCAAGAAGUCCUAACAGCUCGGAAAAUGAGCACUGGCACUGCGACAACUGUAACACCGUCACUGAUCAUUCCACUGAGAAUUGUCCUCAUGUUGUCCGUGUAAAAGAAAAUCAACAAGAGAAUCGUCUCACUAACUCCGAUGAAUACUGUGAAUUUUGUUCAGAAUAUGGACACGACACUUUCGCCUGUCAAUCCUAUAAACUACGACACAAGGAACAAUUUCACAUUUCUGGAUCAUAA